AUGGCGUCCCCAAUGCUGGCGUCCGACUCCGACAGUGCAACCAGCGACGCUGCUGAUAACCGUAGCAGCGAGCCUUCGAGUUCUGAACCGACAGUUCGCAUCUCCGACGUUCCACCGAACACCCGCAGGUGCUUUGUCUGCCUCGGCGACGAGCCCGAAGCCGCGUUACCGUCCGACUGGUCGACACCGUGCUCGUGCUCACUGGAAGGACACCAAGACUGCCUUCUCACAUGGGUCGCCGACCUCGAAGCGCAGGCCAAAGAUGUCAAGUGCCCCGUCUGCAAGUCUCCCAUCGUAGUCACUGAGCGAUGGGAUCCCGCGAUUCAGCUGAGCAACUUCUUGAACCAGAAGUUCUCGAAAUGGUCGCCGCGCAUCAUGCUGGGCUUCGUCGCCUCCGGAACCUUGGUCAGCAGUGCGAUAUACGGAGCGAAGGCCAUAGACUGGUUUGCAGGACCUGAAGCUACGAUGGCGUUUCUGUUCAAGCACGAUGAUUUGCCUUGGUCCCAGUUCCUGCGCCGAUUUGACCCGCCGCGAACUGAGCCACCCAUCAACCUCCUGCACUUUAGUCUGCUACCCCUCAUCGCGCCAGGCUUGAUAGUCAACCGGAUGAACGGCGUAGGGGAGGUUUUCACGAUACCCGCGUCGCUGUACGCUAUGAUCUUUAAUCCCAACAACGAGCUCCUCGCCUGGCCUCCUUCGCCCGAUCGAGCCAUGGCACUCUACCCUGCCCUCAAAGCGUCGUACUUUCAUAUCCACAGGGUGAUUUCCACCAGGUUGGAAAAGGCCUGGACGGCGAGAGCUCUCCAUGCUCGGGGGGAUUCCGAGCAUCCGGGAGUAGCACCAGCUGAUGAUGUCCAACCUGCAGCGCCUGAGGACGAAAAUCUUCUCGAUUUCGAAAUCGAUAUUCAGAUUGGUGGCGGCGAGGAAGACGCACCGGCAGAUGCUGGUGGGCAGCCCGCGCGGAGGGCAGUUGACGCAACACGUCAAAAUCCGGUGAACUUCAUAGCCGGCGCAUUACUGUGGCCUGGCGUUUCUUACGGCAUGGGUGAACUCAUGCGGACCUUGCUUCCUGCACGUCUCAUCACCAAGCCUGCCCAUGGUCAGACGACUGGCCUCCUGCAGGAACGAUGGGGACGAAGCUUAGUCGGCGGAUGCCUCUUCGUCGUAUUGAAGGACGCCUUUUUCCUGUGGGUCAAAUACCGGAAGGAUAUGAACCGGCCACACAGGAAGAUCAAGAACUCGGAGAGACGGAACUUGCGUAACUAG